UGCGAACACUCCGGAUCGGCACUGUAGGCACACUGUCGUUGCUGUUGCGACUGGAAAGGACUCGUUUCUCGUUUCUUGUCCGCUCAGUGGCGAAGCGCUUCCGUGAGGCACGUGAAAUCGUGCAAUCAGGAGAGAGGCAUCGUUGCGUGUGCGAUCGCGUGUUUGUGAUUUGAAUGCUGGGAGUGCAACAUUCACAGAAGAAGUUUUGUGUUCGAGAAGCCAACCGAACGCCCCGGGUAACCGUCGUCGCUCUAUCUACUGAUAGGCCGCCUCCAGGGAGCAUCACAUCGCGAAGUGACGCAACUGACUAAGUAACUGCGGUCGCGGAAAAGAUCCAGCGAUUGCACCUCCAGGAGGAGAAGUUCGCUCUAGGCAGAGGCAGAGAUCGUUAGCAGCAGCAGCAGCAGCAGCAGUUGUACAGUAGUAGUGGUAGUACUGGUAGUAGUAGUUGCAGCCUGCCAGCUAUCUAGACUCUAGCGCCGUUAACGCCACGCCGAUUACGUAAGCGUAACCUGUGUCCACCCCCCCCCCCCCCCCGAGGGGUGCCAAGCGUUCUCCUGUGGCAUCGAUCGAUAUAAACUCCCGCGGUUCGCUGGACGUCUCCUGGUGUGGCCGCUAGUGUGUCGCGUUUGCUCCGUAAUUGGUUUAAUUGAAUUGGUUUGCAUAAACACUUUCUACCCACCCGGGAUUGGCCGGCAACUCGGCCAACGUACCACACUGUCGGUGAAGACACACCGGUGACCGUGCACGACGACUCGCCGGAGUGCUGGAGAGGUGAUCGUUACAAUCGAACAUAAAGCGAGUGUCACCGCUCGGACUGCGCUCGACGAUGGAACUUUGGUUGAUUUGCUUGGGGCUGUUGCUCCGGUUGCUGAAUGUACUCCUGAAACCGUUCAUCGUGUUCUUCGGUGGCUCGAAGCGGACGGCACCGUUUCCGGAGAUCCGCAACGAUAUGCUCCGGAUACCGGCCGUCGAUCUGGCCGAACGCAUACGGAACAAAGAGCUACGAUCGGAGGAUGUCGUGCGAGCGUACAUCGAGCGGAUUCGUGAGGUUAAUCCACUGAUCAACGCCGUCGUGGAGGAACGGUUCGAGGCAGCGAUCGAGGAAGCACGGAAGGCGGACGCACUGAUUGCCGAAACGCAGCCGCUGUGGCUCAUCAAGAACUACCCGCUGCUGGGUGUACCGUGUACGGUGAAAGAAUCGUGCUCACUCCGUGGUGCUCCACUGACCGGUGGAUCACUGGCACGGAAAGGUUUACGGGCUACGAGCGAUGGUGAGGCCGUGGCGCAUAUCCGGGCGGCCGGUUGCAUCCCACUGCUCGUCUCCAACACACCGGAGUACUGUUUGAACUGGGAGUCGUACAAUCACAUCACCGGACGCACGCUGAAUCCCUACGACAACCGUCGGACGGCUGGUGGUUCUUCCGGGGGCGAAGGAGCACUGAUCGGUUCCGGAGCGUCCCUGUUCGGUGUUGGUAGCGAUGUGGCAGGCUCGAUCCGUGUACCGGCCCACUGCAAUGGAAUCUUUGGACACAAACCAACGGCAGGAGCGAUCUCAAUCCGAGGACACUUCCCGAUGUCGACGGAUGAAAAGUUUGCACGGUUGCUGACGGUGGGACCGAUGUCCCGGUACGCCAAGGAUCUACCGACCUUGCUGCACAUUAUGGCUGGUCCGAGUGCAGCUAAGCUGCGCCUGGACGAAACCGUCUACACGAAGGACAUUCGUGUGCUGUACGCCGAAGAUAUGGGCUUCAAUCCGGGCCACAUUCCGGUGGAUGAUGAUAUCAAGAUGGCACUGUACCGUGCGGUGCAGCACUUUAAAGCGAAUGGCCUAGCGACGGAGCGGUUCGAGUUCGAUAACAUGCACGAAGCGAUGGAGCUGGCGUUCAGUGUGCUUUCGUCGCUCACCGACGUUCCGAGCAUCUUCCACAAUCCGGACAAUCCGAAAGCGGAGCACAGUGUGGGCUGGGAGCUGGUGCGGAGCCUGAUCGGUCGAUCCCAGUACACUCUCGCCGGUAUCAUGUUCUACGCGAUAUUGGGACUGAAGAACUUCUUUACCGCGGAUCGGCUGGACGAGUACCGGCAGAAGGCCGAACGUAUGCGCCAGCAGAUGAUCGACACACUGGGUACGGAUGGAGUUUUCCUGUUUCCAACGUUCCCGACUUCCGCUCUGCGGCACUACGAGUCGAUCGGACACAUUAUGACCGUCGGUUAUACGAUGCUGUUUAACGCGUUAGGAUUGCCGGCUACUCACGUGCCACUGGGAUUUGAUCGUCAAGGGCUACCGAUUGGAAUACAGGUCGUUGCCGCACCGUACCAGGAUCGACUGGGUCUUUGCAUAGCCCGGGAGCUCGAGGUUGCUUUCGGUGGAUGGCAGCCACCGAAAUGAGCCUCGAAGGUUCGGAAGCAUUCGCAACAGUCAACAAUUAAUCUUAUCGCCAGUGGAUCAGUGGGAUCAUCACGUGCAAUCCAAAUGCUUUAAGUUAACGGGAAAGGGGAGGGAAACGAGCAAAUAUCAUUGUACAGAUUAGUGUAUGAGGUUGAAUAAAUGCACAACAUU